AUGGAUGCAUGCACUUCUCCCCAUCUAUAUAUGUAUAUAUUUGCAUGGGUGCACGCCGAGGUGUGUAUAUUUUUCUACGCAGAAGAAAGUGUAGGGAGGUGGUGUAUUAGGGAGGCACAUAGCCAAAUAUACACACACGGAAGGGCGGAGUACGGGAAAAAAAGGAGGAGGCGUAGCCGAAAGCAUACGAUGAAGCAGGGGGAUGAGAAAAAUAAAGAUGGGAGUAACGGUCGUGCCUCACCCGACACAGCACACUACACUGUUGUCUCCCUUGAUAGCAUUGAGCAUCACUAUUUAGAGGUGUUGAGGGAACUUGCUAUGGAGCCGCAACUUGAGGCGUUUAAAGAUGAGUAUGAAAAGAUACAUCGUCUUCUGCGAAAGAGCAACGACGGCGAAAAGCGAUUGUCGGCGAAGAUCAAGGAAUUGCAAAUGGACCUUGAAGUGCAUGGCACCAAAGUGGAGGCCGCGUUGAAACUAUCGCGGGAGGAUGAGGAAGUCAUUGCAACGUUGCGUAAAGAGAUUGAAAAGGCGUGGUCUCUUGCCGAUAGUGCCCACGCACGUGAAAAGGAGGGUCGCGAGCACAUCCAACAGUUGCGCAAACAAGUGGCAGAGCUGGAUGCACUUGUUGAAAAAAGCACGCGAAACACUGUGAGUCAGGCGGCAUACCUGCGUGAGCUCAUUCUUGCUAAGAAGCAGCUUGAGGGCGAACGUGCAGUCGCGCAUUCAAAAGUUUCCCAACUUUUAGAUGAACGUGAGGCGAUGCGAAGCAAUUUUGAAAGGGUGCAACAUGACAAUGAGAUGGCCCGACAGCAGCUUGAGGCCAGUCUAUCCAGCUAUCAAACACUUCUUGACAGCCUUUCCGAUGUCCAACGGGUGCGUGAGAGCCUUGAGCAGCAGGUGCGAGAGUGUCGUGCGACGUCUGACCGGCAAAUGGUGGAAGCGGAGGAGCGGAAGGCCGCUGCAGAGGGGCUUUCUGCCGAGGAAAGUCAUUUGAAGGUUCUUGCUGCAGAGGAGCGUGAUGCCGUGGCGCGCAUGGCGAAGCAGCUGGAGGAACAGCAGCGUCGGUUCAAGACGGAGGCGGAUCGACUGGCCGUUGCAGAGGCGCAGAAUGCGGAGUUCAAAUCAGAGAUCCCCAAACUCAAGGCCACACUGAAGGAACGACAGUCGGAAGUUGUGCGCCUUGCCAAUGCACUGCGGAAGGUGCGAAAGAGUGCAGAGGAGCAGCAGGUGAAUAUGCGGAGGGUGGUUCAGACGCGAGAGGACCAGUUCAGAAAACGGAGA